ACCCAAAUCCUGCUAUCAAGUGUUCCGUUACUCACUGAGUUCCUUUUUCUGCCAUACCAAAAGCAAAGCAAACAGUGUUUUAAGAAGAAUCAUAAGAUGAGUUCAGCAAGCAGAGCUUGGAUUGUGGCAACAAGUGUUGGAGUUGUGGAGGCCUUGAAGGACCAAGGGAUUUGCAGAUGGAACUCUGCUUUAAGAUCAGCUCAGCAACAUCUCAAGAACCAAGCUAGGUCCGUCUCUCAGGCUAAAAAGCUUUCUUCCUCUUCUUCUGGUAUGAUUUCCAGCAGACUAAAAGAUGCGAAGGCAAAGCAAUCAGAAGAGUCCCUUAGGACAGUGAUGUACUUAAGCUGUUGGGGUCCCAAUUAAAGCAGCAGGGAAGCUAGAAAAGAAAAAUUUUUUGUAAUCCAUUCUUAGUCCCCUGCUUCCCCAGAAGCAAAAAUGGAUGAUUGAGUUUCUGGUGCCGUAUUAGUGUAGUGGAUUCUCCAUGGUGGCAGAAUGAUAUAAAUUUUGACAAAUACUAAUAGAACUGUCAGAUUUUAUUUCACGGAA